AUGCCCAAUUAUAUAAAGGGUGAUUUGUUUUCUCAUUGCGGUAGAGCAACGGUUGUUUUGGCACACGCUUGUAAUCCGUUUGGCCUGUGGGGAGGAGGCAUAGCUUCCCAGUUUCGGAAAAAGUACCCAUAUGCCAACAAGCUUUAUGAGGACCACUGCAAAAAACACCAGAACCUCCUUGGAACAUGCUUGUUGAUCCCUGCUUCCAAGCCCCAGGAUUUAGAAGAGGCAAAUAUUAUAAUUGCGUGUCUCUUCACUAGUGACUUUCAAAGCCUACAAAGUGAAACUCUUGCCCAUACCCGACUGAGCGUGGACAGUCUCUCGAGUCAGCUACAAACCCUCAAUAACGUAGAGAAAACAGAAUGUGGGAUACCCGUUGUCAAUAUGCCGCAGAUCAACAGCGGGAUCUUUAAUAUUCCGUGGGAAAAGACAGAGGCGGUCUUGGCUGGUUUCAGACUGAUUCGGAUCAACGUAUAUACUCUUUAG